AUGGCCUACAACCUCUCAAUAGAGGUCUUCGGUUCCGGCGAUAGCCCCACACACCGAUCCCACUGGGGCUUCAUGAUCAACAAACCGGGGAAUCUAGAAUUCGGAGAUCUCCUCCAAGUCGAGGUCGUUGAUUCAGACCGGUUGUGGUACGGUUUUGCGCCUCGGUACGCCACAAAGAUUAUCGACAAGGCGGCUGUGGGGAUGUGCAAGCUUACCGAUCUGACGUCUCAACAACGACACGACGUGAUCAAGACUAUCGAGAAGGUGCCUGCUCCUAAGAAUUCAAUUGGCCUGUGCCAAGAUUGGAUUUUUGAUGCUUUGUUGUCUUUGGAGAUUGAAGAAUUCGUUCCUUCCGGUACUUCUGCUUUCUGGAAGGGCAUGAUUGGCAGACCGGCACGAGAAGUUGCUGCUGCUUGUGGGACGCAGUGGACUGCCUUUGCUUGA